CGUUUACUGUCAGGCUGCUACAGCGAGACAGCAGCGAUAACGGAGCUAUCAUUAGCACCAAAAUGAGCGACUUCAUUAUGAUACACGUAGUUUGAAUGUGUUUCUGAACUGCUGUCCAGCUGCUCUGACUUCAUUUCAGUAACAUUUACCUUUCAUUAAGGGGGGCUCUGCUCAUCAGCACUCUGAAGACGUUGUUUCAGUUUAUUUUGGGCUUGUUUCCCAGUUUCUGGAUCUUGGAAAUCCCCCUGAAAUGUACUCUGCUGACUACAGUUUACGUCUUCACGUCUCCGCUGUGUGUCCCUUCUUCCAUUCGGGAGACCACGCCCGCCCGGCACAACCCGAGCGCCCAGUCAGUGUUACUGGUUUUCCUCUGAAGAUGAGUGGCUGUGUGGAGGAAGAGGAGGACCGAACAGAGUCUCCAGGACCCAACUGUCUGUCUGUGAAGAGCGACUGGUCCAAAGAUGAACCUCUGUACUUCAGUAGCCAACCUGGCCCCUCAGACACCAAAAAGAUGAAGAGGAGUCAUGGCUCUGAGGAGCAGCAGCUGUCCCACUGUUCUCAGUGUCAGGAUGUGCGAAAGGACCCGGUCUCUACCAGCUGUGGACACUGGUUCUGCAGACAGUGCUUGACCUCAUACUGGGGCCAAUCUGGCUCAUCAGGACGCUCCUGCUCUCCCCAGUGUGGAGACGGACCUGUACAAACCGGUGGUGGUCUGCAGGAGGUGCUGGAUGAACAUAAGAUCAGUCUGAGGAGCAGAUGUGAACGUGUGAUUGAAGGAACUGAUGGAACAGGAAGUGAAACCCUCCUCAACAGGAUCUACACUGAACUCUACAUCACAGAGGGACACAGUGAAGAGGUCAAUACCCAACAUGAAGUGAGGCAGCUUGAGACCACGUCCAAGAAGAAGACCCUCCGGGACACUCCAAUCAAGUGCCACCAGAUCUUUAAAGCCUUCCCCGACCAACAGAGACCCAUCAGAGCAGCCCUGACAAGCGGCGUCGCCGGCGUUGGUAAAACCUUCUCGGUGCAGAAGUUCACUCUGGACUGGGCAGAGGGCUUGGAAAACCAAGAUGUCAGCCUGCUGGUUCUGCUCUCGUUCAGGGAGCUGAACCUGAUCAGACAUGAGCAGCACAGUCUUCUCACGCUGCUCCAUGUUUUCCAUCCAACCUUACAGAAGGUCACAGCAGAGGAGCUGGCUGUCUGUAAAGCUCUGUUCAUCUUUGACGGCCUGGAUGAAAGCAGACUUUCACUAUCCAGGGUGACAGAAGUACGAGGCUUCACCGACGCCCAGAAUGACGAGUACUUCAGGAGGAGGUUCGGUGAUGAAGAGCUGUCCAGCAGGAUCAUCUCCCACAUCAAGGCCUCCAGGAGCCUCCACAUCAUGUGUCAAGUCCCCGUCUUCUGCUGGAUUGCUGCUACAGUCCUGGAGCACAUGUUGAUUACAGAGCAGAGAGGAGAGCUGCCCAAGACCCUGACGGACCUGUACUCACACUUCCUGCUGGUUCAGACCAAGAGGAAGAAGCACAAGUACGGUGAGGGACAUGGGACGAGUCCACAGGAGCUGCAGGAGGCUGACAGGGAUGUUCUUCUGAAGCUGGGGAGGCUGGCGUUUGAACAUCUGGAGACAGGAAACAUCAUGUUCUACCAAGAAGACCUGGAGGAGUGUGGUCUGGAUGUCCCAGAGGCCUUGGUGUACUCAGGACUUUGUACAGAGAUCUUCAAAAGAGAGUGGGUGAUAUUCCAGAAAUCAGUCUACUGCUUUGUUCAUCUGAGUGUUCAGGAGUUUCUGGCUGCAGUCUACAUGGUCCACUGCUACACCAACAGGAACACAGAGGUACUGGAGAUGUUUCUGGGGGAAGACUACAGUUACUUUUUCUUGGAUGUCUUCCUGAGGGCAGCCAUGAAGAAAUCCCUGGAAAGUAAAAACGGCCACCUGGACCUGUUUGUCCGCUUCCUUCAUGGCCUCUGUCUGGAGUCCCACCAGAGACUCUUAGGAGGCCUGCUGGGUCAGACAGAGAACAGUCCAAAAACCAUCCAGAGAGCCAUCGACAACCUGAAGGAGAUGAGCAGUGAUGAAGUCUCUCCUGACAGAAGCAUCAACAUCUUUCACUGUCUGAUGGAGCUGAACGACCACUCAGUCUAUCAGGAGAUCCAAAAGUUCCUGAAGUCGGAGACCAGGUCAGGGCAGAGACUCUCUGAGUUCCAGUGCUCAGCUCUGGCCUACAUGCUGCAGAUGACAGAGGAGGUUCUGGAUGAGUUGGACCUGGAGAAAUACAAGACAUCAAAGGAGGGACGACUGAGACUGGUCCCAGCUGUGAGGAACUGCAGAAAGGCUCGACUUACUAACUGUCAAAUCUCCAAGACUCACUGUGAUGUCGUGGCCUCAACUCUGAAGUCCAGCCCCUCCCAUCUGAGAGAACUGGACCUGAGUGAAAACAGCCUUCAGGAUCCAGGAGUGGAGCUACUGUCUGCUGGACUGGAGAGUCCACACUGUCGCCUGGAGGCUCUGAGAUUGAUUGAGUGCAGGUUGUCAGAGACCAGCUGUGCUUCUCUGGCCUCAGCUCUGAAGUCCAACUCCUCCCAUCUGAGACACCUGGACCUGAGUGACAAUGACCUGCAGGAUCCAGCAGUGAAGCAGCUGUGUGGUUUUCUGGAGAGUCCACACUGUCGACUGGAGACUCUGAGACUGAGGGAGUGCAGGUUGUCAGAGACCAGCUGUGCUUCUCUGGCCUCAGCUCUGACGUCCAACCCCUCCCAUCUGAGAGAACUGAACCUUAGUGGAAACAAGCUGCAGGACACGGGAGUGAAGCAGCUGUGUGGUUUUCUGGAGAGUCCACACUGUCGCCUGGAGACUCUGAGACUGUGGGGCUGCAGCUUGUCAGGGACCAGCUGUGCUUCUCUGGCCUCAGCUCUGAAGUCCAACCCCUCCCAUGUCAGAGAGCUGAACCUGAGUAACAACAACCUGCAGGAUCCAGCAGUGAAGCAGCUGUGUGGUUUUCUGGAGAGUCCACACUGUCGACUGGAGACUCUGAGACUGAGUCACUGCAGGUUGUCAGAGACCAGCUGUGCUUCUCUGGCCUCGGCUCUGAAGUCCAACCCCUCCCAUGUCAGAGAGCUGGUGCUGAGUGGAAACAAGCUGCAGGACUCGGGGGUGAAGCUGCUGUCUGCUCUCGUGGAAAGGCUGAGAUGGAAGUGAUGAUCUUUGUGAGAGAGAACACGACUGUGAGAGGACGAGCUGUGACCUGAUGAUCCAGAUGGGGGAAAGCUGCAGCAACAGCUUGUCGACCGGGCCGUGUUCCUGGGAGGUCCUGCUUCAUCCAGCAGUGACUGUUCAGGUGUUUGGUCUGUGCUGCUGCUUCAGUGUAUGGGAGUACAACCCCAUCAUCAUGUUUGAGGGUGCAUGUGGAGCGCCGCUCAGUUUGCAGCUCAUCUGAGAGCGAGCAGCCACAGGUUUGUAAGCACAGUCAGUUGAGAGCGAGGACAGUCGGGAGCAUAACAGAUUUGAGCAGCGAGGAUCCUCCCUUGCUCUUAAACCUGAUUCUACUCUCACAUAUCUGUUCCUGUGCUCUCAAAGUCUGACUUUCAGACUGAAGAGCGCUUUCAAACCUUUUGGCUCAGACACACUUUAAACAAACUGCAGUGGAGACACCUGAGCGCGUAGCCUCAGAAACGGCCUGGAUUACGCUCUCGUCUGCAUUUGCACUUACCUGUGUUUCAAAUGCUGAGUUGCAAACUGAGUAGCGCUCGAAAUGUGGUC